AUGGCUGGGGAAGGACCGAUUGUCCUCGUGGUGGACAGUGACAACUCCAUAGAAGAGAUUUCCAGCGCCUCUGGUACAGAUAAGUCUUGUGAAGUCAGAAGUUAUUCUGAUGUAAUUUCUGUGAGUUCUACGGAGCACAUUUCUCUUGCAACUCCCCUUAGACCAAAUGCAGUUUUAUCAUUUUGUGGUGGUUCUGUGCCUUCAGUAGAAGAAGUUGUUCACAUAGACAUUCCAAGCUCAAGCCGAGAAAACCUUGCAUAUGAAGUAAUCCAUAAAAAGAGAAACAUUGAAGAAAUCUGCAUUUGCUGUGGAAGUCUUGAGAUCCAUGCUCAGCAUCCUUUGUUUCAUGGGGGAAUAUGUGCUCCUUGCACAGAACGGUUUUUGGAGAGAUUCUUCCUCUGUGACAAUGAUGGCUUCCAAGCAUUUUGUACGGUCUGCUGCUCAGGGGACUUGUUAGUUCUCUGUGAUGAUCUGGCCUGCAUUAGAGUUUAUUGCUCUGAAUGUUUGGAUGCGCUGGUUGGAAAAGGCACAGCAGAGAAAGUCAAAGAAAUUAAUCCAUGGAUUUGUUUCUUGUGUUUACCAUUGGAUGUCUAUGGAGUACUGAAGAAGAAGACAAAAUGGCGGACAGAGCUGAAGCUUCUCUAUGAUUGCGAGUCUAAUCAACAUUGGGUAUACCAACCAUUGGAUGCAUUGGAGAGAAAACCAAUCAACGUGCUUUCCCUUUUUGAUAAUAUUACACAAGAACUGGAAAACUUCGGGUUUCUGGGGGAAAGUAUGGGUAAUGGAAGGUUAAAGUAUCUGCAUGAUGUCACAGACGUAGUGAGAAAUCAUGUUGACGAGUGGGGCCCGUUUGAUGUUAUAUUUGGCUCUACACCUGCACUUGCAAACUCAUAUGAACAUCCACCUGCUUGGUAUAUGUACCAAUUUGUUCGUAUUCUUCAAUACAGCAGACCCCCAGAAAGAAGCAGGCCUUUUUUCUGGAUGUUUAUAGAUAAUUUGGUGUUGGAAGAAGAAACUAGGGAUGCUGCCUGUCGUUUUUUGGAGACUGAAGCAGUAGUCAGGUACAAACUGCAGAAUGGCACCAUCCAGAAUGUUGUACACAUAUGGAGCAACAUUCCAUCAGUGAACAGCAAAUAUUCUGCUUCCCCAUUGUACGUGGAUUUGUUUCGGAUUGCAAAAGAAAUCUACAGAACAAGAAUUUUUUCACAGAGGCCAGCCACUCUGAUUAAGGAGUUUUUUGUUCCUUUGAAAGAAUAUUUUAGAACUUUUAAAUGAGACAUUUUUCUCACUUUAAGCAAAACUGAAAGCAGAUCUGCCAACUUUUCAGUAUGUUGCCGCUACUAUGCCUAAUACCCAUGACACAG